AUGGCUCCCAAAUCCCUGGAUAUCGGUGUUUUCAUCCCGAUAGGAAACGAUGGCUGGCUUAUCUCUACAACCGCUCCCCGUUAUAUGCCAACGUUCGAGUUGAACAAAGAGAUUGUGUUGAAAGCGGAAAGUUAUGGGUUCGAUUUUGCGCUGUCCAUGAUCAAGUUGCGGGGUUUCGGGGGCAAAACGGAACACUGGGAUCACAACUUGGAGUCGUUCACCCUCAUGGCCGGAAUCGCCGCGGUUACGUCAAAGAUCAAGUUGUUCGCAUCCACGGCAAUUCUUACGUUGCCACCAGCUCUCUGUGCCCGGAUGGCCACAACCAUCGACUCCAUAGCACCUGGCCGCUUCGGAGUCAAUAUUGUGACGGGAUGGCAAUCUGCCGAAUAUGAGCAGAUGUCAAUUUGGCCGGGCAAUGAGUACUUUGGCUAUCGUUAUGACUACGCGCAGGAAUACGUCCAGGUAAUGAAAGAUCUGUGGUCCACAGGGACCUCAGAUUUCAAGGGUAGGCAUUUCGUCAUGAACGAUUGCAAGCUCUCGCCAAAGCCCGCCGGAGAAAUCAAAGUCAUCGCUGCUGGUCAAAGUCCGCGGGGUGUCAAGUUUGCCAGCGAGUAUGCAGACUACAACUUCACGAGUGGUAAAGGCAUCAACACCCCAACGGCAUUUGCAGAGGCGAAUGGCAGGUUGGUGGACGCCGCCAAGGAGACUGGGAGAGAUGUGGGUGCUAUGGUUCUGUUCAUGGUAAUCUUUGAUGAGACCGAUGAAGCGGCCAUAGCCAAAUGGAACAAGUACAGAGAAGGCACCGACCAUGAGGCACUCGCCUGGGUGGCUGAACAGACUGGCAAAGACACAAAAGCAGAUGAAACGUCAACUGCUCGUAGGUUGGUCUCGACGCUUGGCGACCCUGUCAAUAUGAAUGGUGGUGCUCUGAUCGGGUCUUAUGAGUCUAUUGCAAAUAUGUUGGAUGGUAUUUCAGAAGUGGAUGGGCUCAAGGGAGUUAUGCUAACCUUUGACGAGUUCUUGAGCGGAGUUGAAAAGUUCGGUCAAUUUGUCCAACCCUUGAUGAAGAGUAGGGCAAAGAUCAAUGGGCUUUCAUAG